AUGACAGAGUUUUUCAGGUUGCUGGACAGCGAUGUUAUUGGUUUUGAUUUAGACCAUACGCUCUGCCGGUACCAUCUGAAGGAGACUUCCAAGCUAAUCUACGAGAGCUUUGCCAGGUAUCUGGUGGAACAUAAAGGUUAUGACAAAGACUUGUUAAACCUCACACCUGCUACUUGGGAUUUUUGUUUUAAGGGCCUAGUGGUGGAUCUUGAAGAUGGAAACUUAGUGAAGCUCGCUGAAGAUGGAACAGUAUUGAGAGCAACACAUGGAACUACUGACCUGAGCACAGAAGAGAUCAUCAAACAUUAUGGUCCAAAAAGGGAAUGGAAACACUUUAACAGCCUCAAUACCUCUUUUGCAAGAUCUGCUAAAUUCUAUUUAUAUGACAACUACUUUGAUCUACCUGGUGCUCUUCUAUGCGGAAGAGUUGUGGACAUGUUCCACAAGUUGGGAAAUGAAGUGAAUUCAGACUUUUGGAAAGACAUGAUUGCUGCCAUUGACCACAAUUACAACACAUCAGCAUUUAGAGAGGAUUCAGGGACAUAUUUUCCCAACGUGAAGAGGGACCCCGGACGUUAUUUGCAGACCUGUUCGGAAUCUGUCAAGAAUUGGCUACGGAGCAUGAAGAAUGCCGGAAAAGUCCUCCUCCUUAUUACCAGCUCUCACAGUGACUACUGCAGGCUCAUAUGCGAACACAUCUUGGGAAAGGACUUUGAGGAGCUUUUUGAUGUCAUCAUCACAAAUGCCCUCAAGCCUGGUUUUUUCUCCCUAAAACCUCAACAGAGGUCCUUCAAGAACCUUGUGAAUGAUGUAGAAGAGAGUGAGGAUCUUCCAUCACUGGACAAACCUGGUUGGUACUCCCAAGGCAACUGGAUGCACCUCCAUGAAUUGCUUAAGACCAUGACUGGAAAACCAGAGCCCAAGGUUGUGUAUUUUGGAGAUAGCAUGAGGUCAGACAUGUUCCCUGCCAGCAGCUUUGGAAAGUGGGAAACAGUGAUGAUUGUGGAAGAAAUGGAAGGAGAGGGUGUACCCAAGAGUGAUGCAGCAAAGUCAAAUGAAGCCCAAGUGGAGCCACAGGAAAAAAAAGGGAAGUUUGAGGAAACCAUGAAGUCACCAUCCACUAUAUCCAACCAGUGGGGUUCCUACUUUGUUGAUGUACACAGAAGCGGUGGAGAGGACGAGGAAAGCCAGAAACUGACCUGGUGCUGCCACUGUAUUCACAAAUACAGCACAAUGGCCAUCCCGAGUGUUGAGCACAUAGCAAAUCUUCCUCUGGAUUACAAGUUCCCGAGAUUUUCGCCGGAUCAGCCAUGUACAAUCGGUUACUUUCCGAGGCCCCCGGAUUCUUUGCUAAAGAGAUGCAAAAGUCUGACCUGA